CGGGAGCCUCAGAGCAUUCUGAGCCUUCUUCCCUGGUCCACCUGUGGUUGGAGGUUCACCUAGUCAGGGUUCCAGCCCCAUCCCAGGUGUACAAACUGCCGACCGCAGGCAGGUACAGAGCUACCCAAAGCGAUAUGAGAACCUCUCCCUGAAGAUUCUCCUAGACCAAGAGGGUCCGGGAUGUCCUAGGACUAAGGAUGUCGGCAGACUUGCAGAGGGCCCCCCAAGGCCCUGACCUCCCCAGCCAAAGCAUUCGUCUUAGCUGAGCCCCCAUUCCAAGCUUCUAAUGACAGGAAACGACAUCUCUUUCAGAUUUCUCUCGACAAUGUGCUUCUGAGAGUUCUGCUAGGGAACGAUGGGAAGUCAGCCCAGCAGAGGGAAAACCCUGCCAAGCCCAAGCUCAAGCACCUCUGUCCAAGACCAGGGCCCUGUACCCAAGCAACCAGAGAAGAGCGGGGCCAGAGCUGUGGCCCUGGGCAACUUCCCAGUAGGCGAGCAGGCAGAGCUGUCACUGCGACUGGGGGAGCCGCUGACCAUCACCGCUGAGGACGGAGACUGGUGGACGGUGCUGUCGGAGGUCUCAGGCAGAGAGUACAGUGUCCCAAGCGUCCACGUGGCCAAAAUCUCCCAUGGGUGGCUGUAUGAGGGCCUGAGCCGGGAGAAAGCUGAGGAACUGCUGUUGCUGCCUGGGAACCCGGGAGGGGCCUUCCUCAUUCGAGAGAGCCAGACCAGGAGAGGUUGUUACUCCCUGUCAGUCCGCCUCAGCCGCCCUGCAUCCUGGGACCGGAUCAGACACUACAGGAUCCAGCGCCUUGACAAUGGCUGGUUGUACAUCUCGCCGCGCCUCACCUUCCCUUCACUGCAGGCCCUGGUGGACCAUUACUCUGAGCUGGCGGAUGACAUCUGCUGCCUCCUCAAGCAGCCCUGUGCCCUGCGGAGAACCGCCCCAGUCCCUGGCAAAGACAUACCCCUACCAGUAACUGUGCAGACGGAGCCCCUCAACUGGAAAGAAUUGGACAGCUCCCUCCUGUUCUCUGAAGCUUCUGCCUCAGGGGAGGCGGCCCUGCUCAGCGAGGGGCUCCGGGAGGCCCUCAGCUCCUACAUCAGCCUGACCGAUGACAUCCUGGAUGAUGCCAAAGCCCAAAGCAAAGGCCGAAAGGGGAACCAGUGCUACAGCACCUAGGACACCACCACGGCUCAGCCUGAGCACCCAGAGGCAAGGCUGUGUGCCACUGGGGAGGGAGGGGCACAGAGGCACAGUCGGGGUCCACCUGUUCCCUCUGCUCCUUCCUCUCAGCCCUAAGAAGUCAUAGCCUCCUCCCAGUGCCAUGACCCUGCCGGCAACCUCUGGUUCACACACAGACCGACUGAGGACAGGGCCAGGGCUCCAAAGAGACUGAACUCCCUCUGCAGCCUGAAGCAGUCGGUGCCCAAGUUUGAGUAUUCCAGCACAUCCUCCUCUUCAGCCAGUAGAGUCCCACUCAAACCCCCUCCCUGCUAACCAGUCCCACCCAAAAGGUAGAAACCACCACUAGCAUCAAGAAAAAAAAUCCAAAUUUACAAGGGACAGGAAAGCAGAGGAGACAAGACAGCUUACCAGAGCAGCAGAAUCUGGGCUGUCCAGCCACCCCCUGACCCCAAAGCAAAAAAGCAAGAGCCCUGUCAGUCCAUGUCCUCAAAUGUCCCCAUCAAGCCCUUUCUCUGGACCACGGUAGCUCUUUACUUCAUUUUGCAGCUUGUCAUUUGGACCUGGCCAAGCCUUACCAGCGUUGCCAUCUGGUGGCCCAAUGCAAAAUGACACCUGAGCCUCACACACUGUGAUAUCAAUUCCGUGUGGUCCUUCUGCUGAGCAGGAGCUCCAGGGUGUUGGGAGGCGUUAAGCCCUCUGUCUCCAAAGCCAAGGCCUCAGCCUACCAAGGCCUCAGCCUAAACCCAUAAAGGGAGAGAGGCCAGGAUGAAGCUGCUAAGGGAGCAGGGAGAUGGAGAGGGAUGUGUGAUGGGAGGGCACUGCCUGUAGUGUUCCUACUAGGCUCUCAGGUUAGAGGUGAGGUGGGAAAGGCUUUACCAGGUAUCAACAGGUUGUUGAUUAAAGAUUUGAUUUAUUCAAGUAUCUGAAAACAUUCUACAAUGGAAACUGUUACUAGAUGCUGCGUGUACUGUGCCGUAAACCACGCACACACUGCCAUGCUGUUUUCAGAAGACUUGAGAUGCCGCUGAUAGUUUAAAAACUGUACACCUGAUGGAGAAGUGAGGAAGACAAUUUAAUAUUUCAUCCGGAUCCAGAUUUGCAUAAAAUUAAACGGCAGCUCCAUUUGCAAA